AAGCUGAUGGACAGAUAAUACUUGCAGUAGUCCCACACAGGGAGCAGCAUUGGUGGCACCGCAGCACUCGACUGACAGAGAGUUUCGCAAGCGGAGUCGCCGGGCGGCGGUAGGCCAUGCGAUGAUGUCGCCUCUCUCUGUCGCCAUGCAGGGAGGCGGUCGCGUGCUCAGCAUUCAGUCGCACACCGUCCAGGGCUAUGUGGGCAACAAGGCGGCAGUGUUUCCCCUGCAGCUGCUGGGGUUUGAUGUGGACCCCAUCAACUCCGUGCAGUUCUCCAACCACACAGGCUACCCCACGUGGAAAGGACAAAUCUUGGACGGCGAGCAGCUAUGGGCGCUGAUAGAGGGGCUCGAGGCCAAUGGGCUGCUCUUCUACACGCACCUGCUCACUGGUUACAUCGGAUCGCUCUCUUUCCUGGAAACUGUCUUGAGAGUGGUUGAGAAGCUUCGUUCAGUCAAUCCAGACCUCAUAUACGUGUGCGAUCCAGUCAUGGGGGACGAUGGCCGCCUCUACAUUCGCCCUGAGCUCGUCCCCAUCUACCGCCACAAGGUGGUGCCAGUGGCAACACUGAUCACCCCUAACCAGUUUGAGGCGGAGCAGCUCACUGGUCUCAGCAUCCGCACUCAAGCUGAUGCCAUCACAGCAUGCGACAUGCUGCAUGCUGCAGGGCCCACUAAGGUGGUGAUAACGAGCAUGGAGGUGGAUGGUCGGCUGGUGGUGGUGGGGAGUGAUGCUUCCUGCAAUGAUCUAGAUGAGAGUGGCUCCAAGUCACCCGCCUUGAAGCGGUUCUGCAUAGCUGUACCCAAGAUUCCGAAAUACUUCACUGGAACGGGAGAUCUGAUGACUGCGUUGCUUCUCGGAUGGUCACAUAAGUUUCCUCGUGAUUUGGCCCGAGCAGCAGAGCUGGCAAUCGCAUCCCUACAGGCUGUUCUUGCACGUACAUUGGACGACUACUCACUUUCUCCAAUCGAGACCAGUUUUAGCUCAAACUCAAUGCGUCUUGAGCUCAAGCUCGUUCAAAGCCGCGAUGACAUCAUCAACCCCCCUGUGGUGCUGCGUGCGCAAGAGAUUGCAAGUGGCGCAGACACAUUGCCAGAUGGUGUGGACACCUUGUUGGGUAGUCGUGUAGAUUCAUUUGGAAACACAAGCAAGUAGUGUUGUUGAUGUGCAUUCCACUAGUGUAGAUGGCGUCUGCUACUCGACCACGUCCUCCGCCACCUUCGGCCGCCUCCUCCCGUUCCUUUUACCCGACUUGACCUCCUCCACGGUCGCGGAUCUCGUCUCACACCUGCGUUCCCUCGAGAUCCGCUUCCGUGCGGCCUGCAUCGAAGGGUCCCGUGCACUGUGUGUACCCGAUUCAAACCGGUCAGUGGGUGCACGGGGCAUACCGCCGCUCGCUGCUUCCGCUGCCUGGACGAUCUGUUCCAUUGCCACUUUGGGCCUCUAGCGGCCCCGCCGCAGUAGUGUGUCCUGAUCCGCCACGGCGUCCUGGUGUUUGAGAUGGAGAUGGUGUUAGAUUGUCGAGAGAAUGGUGGACUAAGGGAAAAUGUCAAGGGUUACUAAGGUAGGACUGUACCCUUUAAGAACUGACCUACCGUAACUAAGGCUAUAACAAAUAUAAACUAGCUAGCCCAGAUAAUUAUUUUUGUUGAUAGAUGGUUCAGGUAGGCUUUGCUAUGUACAGUGCUGGAAACAAUUGUCAUGUUUUGCGCUA